AUGACAUUCAGGAAAUCAGACCAAGAAAAAGUGAAAAACACACCACUAACUCUGCAUCUGGGAGAAUCUAUCAAGAUUUGCGACUACCCUUGGCUGCCUAGCUUAGAGCACCCGAGGGUCUUAUCUCCAGUCAUUGAUGAUUUACAUGAAGCUACAGUAAACUGCCUAUUCAACCCAAUGAGUAGAAGUUGGGAUAGGGAUGUUGUGGCUGGUUUCUUUGCUCCUUUGGAAGUUGACUUGAUACUAAAAAUCCCACUUAGCCCUACAAAUGUUGAAGACAAACUCAUAUGGCCCCAUGUUUCCAAUGGAGUGUAUACGGUGAAGUUGGGUUAUAGGUUCCUUGUUAAAGAAAAAGCUGGUUCACGGCCUUCUCUUCAAGCUAAGGCAGAUUCUCCAAGUGUUUGGCGUCGGAUAUGGGGGCUUUCGGUGCCGAACAAAGUUAAAAACUUCCUAUGGAGGGUGUGUAAGGAAGCUUUACCAGUUAAGACUAAUCUGGUUCGUAGGAAAGUCUUAACCGAAGACAUUUACUGCCACUGUUUCGUGUUGGAGAAUGGUAGGAAUCCUAAACUGUUCGCAGUUUUGGUGUGGACGAUCUGGUCUAGGUGUAACCAGCUCCGAACAAGUAACAAGCUUUAUCCGCUCUCUCAAGUUUUCCCUUCAACCAAACAGAUGCUCCAAGAUUUCACUCAAGCUCAACCAGCUAUUUCUACUCCUUUGCCUCGGCCACAAAGGCAACCACCCAAGUGGGAGCCUCCUCCUUCACCUUUAUUGAAGAUCAACUUUGAUGGAGCUAUUUUUAAGGAUAAGGGCGAGGUUGGAAUAAGAGUGGUUGUACGUGAUUCGCAUGGGAUGGUCAUUGCCUCCUUGGCAGAAAACAUUCAGCUCCCAUCCUCAUCAGAUGAAGUGGAAGCAUUAGCAGCAGUCCGAGCUGUCACCUUAGCAAUGGACCUCAACCUACCCUCUUUUAUUGUCAAGGGAGACUCAGAGGUGGUCAUCUUUGCCUUAAGAAAGGAGGAAGAAUCUUUCUCUUCUUUUGGCCAUUUAAUUUCCUAG